AUGGCUUCCUCAAGGUAUGGGAUCACCGCCGCCGCUUCCCCGCUCCUUUCUCCUCGUCUGCCGCGCCGGCAUUGCACCUACCUCAUAGAGCCUGUAUUGCCGCUGUCGGACGACGUCAAAACUGCCAUCGACGCCUACCUCAACAAGCACGAGACCUACGACGACACCGUUGCCGAUCGACUUCAGGAAGAGCUUGUCUCCAUCUUCGAUAAAUAUGUCCGAGGCAAUGCAUCCGCUACUGGACCAUGGAUGGCCGUCCUGCGCCGCAUCCAGAUGGCCUUGCAGAGCCCCGAUAAGGUGCUCUUCUGGUUUGAUGCCUGUCAAAACAUACUCGAUAAUACACCCUUGGACAAGGCCGUUGUCAAGGAAACUAUCUCUGCGAUGAUGAACACGGCUCUUUUAGCCGAGAAACUGCAGGAUAGUUUCGAGGAAGACUGGACGUCCAAUCCCAUCAUAGACCGUCUCCUCUCCAUCUGGAUUGACAACUUCUUCCCUGCGCACAUUGAAGGGAAUAAGUCCCUGGAGCACAAUGAGCAACUUCUUCGAGAAGCUUUGGGUCAAUUUGGACGGCGAAAACCAAAAGAAUUCUUUGCUUCGCUCAACAAGCUCUUUGUAAAGAAAGAGUAUCGAAAGCCACUCUUACGAUUCUUUUGUGCCUUUAUUCAGGGACAACCACCACACUUGUACCAGAUUCUCGAAACACAACUCUGGACAAGUCUGCUGCUCUGCUUGCAGCUCGAUACAUCCACCACAGUCGUGUCCGCAGCACUGACGGCUCUUGUCAUGUUGCUGCCACAUAUGCCGAGCGAUCUAGUCCCCCAUCUACCGACACUAUUUAAUAUAUACGCGCGUUUGUUAUUUUGGGAACAAGAACGAUCGGGCUCCAUCGAGAUGCCGUCUCUAGAUGCCGCCUACACUACAAACUGGGAAUCGUGCCGUUAUGAGCCAGAUUCGGAGGACUUGGAGAUUGGCCACCUCGGGCAAUACUUCUCCGUACUAUAUGGCCUUUAUCCUAUCAAUUUCAUGGACUACAUUCGGAAGCCACAGCGCCAUCUCCGUCAUGCGGAAACUUCGGACUCUAGCAGCAUCGAGGUGCAGCCUACGGAGAUGAGAUACCACUCGGAGCAGUUCUGCAGCAUCCAUGUGCUACACCCCAACUUUUAUGCGUUGACAAUUGAAUCCGAGAAGACGGAUUUCUCGCGAUGGAUGAAGUGCGAAGCUGCCGAAGUCGUUGCUGGGUGUAUGGGACUACGCACGACAACUGAGGCUGACCCCUUCACCGAUGCUGGCCUACCACCAUUCCCGUCAGCCGACAUCAUUGCGUUACCGCACGUCUAUGAACAAGCUCCGCGCGUGACUUCUGAUCCAGCACUUCUGAGCAGCAAUAAAGUGGACAACUGGCGUAAAGCUCAAUUCUCCAGCGCAGAUUCUGUGUCGAGCGACCGAGCCCCCUCUAUGAUGCUACGUAGAGGCUCUCAGUCCAGCCAGCCGUCAAACAGAGAGUCGGGCGACCCUAGAAACAGGCACACCGAAAGCCCUACUCAAUUGACGCAAUCGCCGUCCCACACGCAGCUGCAGGACAUGAUCAAAUCGAACAAGACAAUCAAAUCAGGGCUCCAUCAGUCCCUCGCAAACGAUAGUGUCGCUUCACUGGCUCUGAGUCAUCCUGAUUCGAACGCUGACCGAUCGAUGAAAGAUUCAAUGGCACCACACGCCCUGCCGCCCACAUCCGGUGCCAUACCGCCAUCAAGCCUUGAUGCUCACACUCAGGUGGUCCAGCUUCAGCGUCGUCUGCUUCUUUUGGAAAAUGACUUGAGCUUUGAGCGUUACGUGAAACAGCAGCAUAUGACGCACAUUGGAGACCUCCGACGACGUCAAGUUGUGGAAGCUGCCACAGAGGCUGAAACACAAAACCUGUUGAUUACAAACCGCAACUUCAAGAACCGCUACGAGGAAGCGAAGAAGGCAGAGAUGCAGGUCCGAAAGGAGUCGGAGAAGAGUCGCGCCAUGGCAAAGAAGUGGGAGACCGACUUUUACAACAAGUUGAAAAAUAUGCGUGAAGAGCUCAAGAAGACGGCAGCCGAAGCUGAAGAGCUGAAGAAGGAGCUCGGAACAUCACAAGAAGAAUGCAGCAAGCUACGAGUGCUCCUCUGCGAUGCGGAAGUAAAGGAGCUCAACUGGAAGCAGCACGUGCAGUCCAUUGGAAUUCAUAGCGACGAGUUGGAACGUCUACGGGGUGAGGUCAAUCGACUGACUGUCUCAGAGCGGGAUUUCCAGGCCAAGGACCUGGAGAGGCAGGAAGCCAUGAACAAGUCGGCAGAGACACAAAACAGAAUAGAAGAGCUUCAGAUGAAGUUGACGGCUCAAGAAGCUGAGGUCCAGCGAACCAAGAGGCUCUUCCAAAGCCAGCUGGCUGCUUUGCAGGAACAGUUGUCUACAACGCAAGAGGAGCGAUCACGGCCGGGCGCCAACUCUGACUUGGCCAUUGAAUCCUCGCUAGCUGGCAGUCGAGCUAAGCAGGCAGAGCUGCAGAAGCAGUUUGAUCUGUUGCAGCGCAAAUACACAAAACUGCAGUCGUCACUCCUAGACAUGAAUUCGUCGACAUCAGCGCCUGUCAAUACUUGCGCGGGAGACGGCAGCGACUAUCUGUCAACGUCGGCAAGUCCUGUCAUGAUGAGAGCGGCAGCACAUGGACCGCCGAAAUCAGCAGAUGCGAGUCCUUACCAUGUGACGCCGCCAUUGGAUCCCAAGAUUGGGGCAGCUCUUACCGCGAUACCCAGCCCUCAGGCUCAGAGCAAAGGUACAGAAGUGUCUGGGCCGCCGCGAAGUCCUGAGCAGAGACAUUUCGGCUUACACAAUCGACUGCGGCGAGAUGGUGGAGACAAGAGCAAAGACGAUGGAGGCAACUCAUCAGGCAAGCCUAAGAAGGAGAAGAGAUCUACGCUGCGAGGUAUCCGCGGGUGCAUUGUCUGCACGAUGGCUGUCGGAUCGGGGCCGAGAUGA